CCAAACAAGACCGAAGACGGGGGACCGAGCUUCUCUAGUUUACGAGCCCUCACAUCCCGGGCUGCCUGGCAACCGUCAACAUCAGAUACUCAAUCGACGCCGUACUAAACUUCUUCUCCGGUGAAUGGAAGGUAGGAGCCAAAUUUAUUGCUACCUUUAUGAAGGGGGUGAACUUGAAUACAGGGUUGGUAGGCAAGUGAACUACAAAGGUGGGCGAGUCAAAGGAAUCGACAUUUACCAUGGAAUGUCAUUUGAUGAAUUCCUUGAUAGGGCAUGUGAGAAGUUGAAAAUUAACAGAGAAGGGAAAAUUUUUUACUACAUUGUGAAAUAUGAUCCCAAUAUCCUUCUAGAUUUGGAUGAUGAUGAAGAUGUGAAAGAUAUGGUCUUGCAUAACAAUGAAUUUACAUGUGUAUACAUAGUGCAUUCAGCUAGAGAAGAAGGGGUUCAAAGAGAGAUAGUAGAUGGAGAGAAUGCAAAAUGUUGUAUUGGUGGAGAUGCUGUUAGUUCCUCUGCAUCGUGUGAAGUAUUAUGCAAUACAAAGCAACCAAGAGGUUUUGCAUCUAGAUGUAUGGAAUGGGAAGUGAAUCCUACAUUUAAGGUUUUCAAAGAGGAGUCUUGUACUUGCAAGGUGUGGCAAAUGUCUGGAUUGCCAUGUGAUCAUGCCUGUGCAGUUGCUCGCAAGAUGAUGCAAGGGGCAUAUGAGUAUGUUGAGCCAUGUUACAAGUUGUCCACUCAGGAAUUGAUCUAUCCAGGCUCAUUUCAUUCCUUACCCAUGCACAACAUGCCUAAACUUGAUAUUGAUGGUAUUGUACGUGAUGAUGAAGAUGAUUCAUAUCCUCCUUUGGAACCCCGUAAGGUAAAAUGUCCACUUGGAAGAUCUCAACAACGACAUACUGAGUCUAAAUUCAGGCAAAAGAGAUCUAUUCAUUGUUCUCGGUGUAAUGGGAUAGGCCACAAUAGGGCUACAUGCACUAAUCCUUUGGCUUAAACAACACCCUUUAGUUAGAAAUGGAGUAAUGCAUGUUUCCCACACGAACGUGUAAAUUUGGUCGUCUUUUUUGAAGUUGUGGAACUUAGUAACUGUCUACCAUUUUUUGUAAGCAAACAAGAUGUUGGAUGGUAUGAUGUUUUAAUUAUGGAUAACCUUUGUUAUGGUUUUGUGAUGAGAUAAUGAAACAUAUGGUGUUUUUUUC